UCGCCGAAGCGGGAGUGAGAGAGAGAGAGAAAGAACAGACCACAGAGCGAAAAUUCGUUGAAUCUCAACCGUUUUUGUCAUCAACGGCGGUGGCUCUCCCUGCGUCUUCGCCGUCCCGAUCUGUUCCCGAUGAUGUCCGAUGGCAUUGCCAGGUGGAUUCUCCAAUCCAGCAGUUUAACCAAGUUUUGCACUUGCUUCUCAACAAUCUGUUAUGAUGUGGGAACAACAGGAAUAGUUCGGGUUCUACUUGGUCAAUUAUGAUUGCUUGCAUUGCAAAGUUUCGUCCCCUGUCGCUGCUCACAUGUGAGAUUGGCGUAUGUUUGAGAGAAAAGCUCUCUGCUGCCGCCAUCUCAGCUGCUGGCUCUGAAGUUUACUGGUUCUCUUCUUCCUUUCACGUCUCCUAGUCUGGACCACCCUCUUCAUCUCAGAUAGUCGGAUGGCAACUGCAACCUUGAAAAGCCCCCUUAGUGGUGAGUGUAAUGACAAUAGGAGAAUGGAAAGACAACCUUCUGGAAGAAGGCGUGUAUUUGUGCAGACUGAAACUGGCAUUGUUUUGGGUAUAGAGUUAGAUAGAAGUGACAAUGCCCAUACAGUGAAGAGGAGACUGCAGCUUGCCCUCAAUGUUCCAACUGAUGAGAGGUCAUUGAUAUUUGGUGAUUUGGUGUUCAAGAAUGAUCUCAGUUCUGUCAGAAAUGAUUCUCCACUUCUUCUAACCAGGAACCAUAUUCACAGAAGCUCAUCCACUCCUUGUCUCUCACCUGCAGGGAAGGAUCUUCAGCAUAGAGAUCAGAGUGGUCCAAUUGAGAUAUUGGGAUUCUCAAAUCACUUUGCCGGUACAAGAAGUCUUGUACAGGAAAUUGUUAUGGCAAUGAAGUAUGGCAUUGAUCCUGUUCCUAUUCGUAGUGGACUUGGGGGUGCUUACUAUUUCAGAAAUUGCAAUGGUGAUAAUGUUGCCAUCGUGAAGCCCACUGAUGAGGAACCUUAUGCACCCAACAAUCCGAAAGGGUUUGUUGGAAAAUCUUUGGGCCAGCCUGGCCUGAAGCGUUCAGUACGAGUUGGGGAAACAGGAUUUAGAGAAGUGGCAGCUUUCCUUCUUGACCAUGAUCACUUUGCCAGUGUGCCACCUACUGCUCUUGUGAAGGUCACCCACUCAAUUUUCAAUGUCAAUGAUGGAGUAAGCAAAUAUAAGCAUCAGCAGAAGAAGGAUGUCAGCAAGAUUGCAUCCCUUCAGCGGUACAUACCUCAUGAUUUUGAUGCUAGCGACCAUGGAACUUCAAGCUUUCCCGUUGCUGCUGUACAUAGGAUAGGGAUUUUAGAUAUUCGGAUUUUGAAUACAGACAGACAUGCUGGAAACCUCCUGGUCAGAAAGCUUGACGGGAUGGGGAGUUUUGGUGAAGUAGAGCUUGUUCCGAUUGAUCAUGGCCUUUGCCUUCCAGAGAGCUUGGAGGACCCAUAUUUUGAGUGGAUCCACUGGCCGCAGGCAUCGAUUCCUUUUUCAGAGGAUGAGCUAGAGUAUAUAGAUCGUCUUGACCCUUUGCGGGAAUCUGAAAUGCUUAGAAUGGAGCUGCCCAUGAUUCGGGAGGCGUGUCUCCGGGUUUUGGUUCUUUGCACAGUGUUCCUCAAGGAAGCAGCUACUUUUGGUCUGUGUCUUGCUGAGAUUGGGGGGAUGAUGAGUAGGGACUUUCGAGGCCAUGAGGAUGAGCCAAGUGAGCUUGAGUUAGUAUGUAUUGAAGCUAGGGAAAUGUUAGCGGAGAGGGCAUUGGUUUCUUACGAGGCAAAAACAGGAGAUAACGAGGAUUUUCAGUUUGAUGUUGACUGUGAAGAGUCAAAUUUGAUUUCAGAUAUGGAAGAGAGGGCAACCAAAACGCUUUCUGCUGGGUCAGAACUUGAAAAUGGUUGGCAUCCACUUUCCAAGCUGGAGGAGAGUGUAGAGGAGGUGGAAGCCGAGGGUGGGAGUUGGGGGAAUGAAAUAUCUUUACAGAAGGAUGAGUAUACUCUCCCAGCAUGGGGCCACCAUUCAACUGUUUCAAAGUUGGCUACGUCACUGAAAAGGAUGACCCUCCGCAAAAAGAGUUGUCAAUGCAAGGGCACAAUAAAGAAAAACAGGUAUUUAGCUGGCAUAUCUUCUGGAGAUCGGAGUAUGAAUGAAGAGUUUCCUGCAAGCACUAGUUUUGUGAAACUUGCUGAUAUGAACGAAGAGGAGUGGAUGCAGUACCUUGAAAUUUUUCAGCAGUUACUGUACCCUGCAUUUACUAGUCAUAGAUCUGAAAGUGUGGUUGGAAUGCAGAGACAGAGGCUUGGAACCUCAUGCCAGUUCUGAGGAGUUGAAACUGGAUUUGAUAUAGAAUUUAGCAAAGCAUUGUGGAACCUCAUGCUGCUAACCUGUCGUUCACCCUUUGAAUUAUUACCACUUCGACGCUUGAAAGCUUCAACCGCAAUUGGAGGUGAGACUGUUGAUUUGUUUGCCGAUAUGUAAUUAUUUUUUCCACUGCAUGUUUUCUCUGGUUCUCUCUUUUCUCUAGUUUUCUUUGUCAAUUUUCCCUCAUUCCCCUGGGAAGUGGGUGCUCAAGUCCCAUCUUUUUUACUAGCGGAAAGAUGAGAAUACUAUAAUUAAUCAAGUUUAUGUGUAUUAUGCUGUGUUCGGUAUAUGGUUUGAACUCCCGAGUUCUUUUUUUGUGGUAACUGGUCAGUUCUAGUAUUUGCGAGGUGCAGAGUUGAGCU